GGUUGCCUACCCUAGCAUUUGACAGCUUGGACGUUUUGAGGUUAUAUGAUUUGUAAACAAAAAUAAAAAUAUUUAAAAUAUUUGUUCAUGUUAUGGAUUUUUCUCCAAAAUGAUAUCUGAUGAAUCGGAAAAUGAUGUUUUAUUCGAAGACAACAAUGAACAUGAUGUGUAUUAUAAGAAAUACAAGUUGUUACUGGAGGAAUGUGCGGAGAUUCAGAAAUCCAAUGAAAUUCUAGUAUUCAGAAUACAAGAAGUGUCAAAGAUAGUGAAAAAGAGACAUAAAGAAGUGAAAUUUUUCAAAAACAGGCUGUUGCAACAUUAUGGAGAAGAUUGGUCGUUGAUUCCUAAUACAGACAUUGUUAAGGAAGAAUUUCAUACUGGCAAACCAAGUCUUCCUGUUAAAGCUGAUAAGAUAAAAGAAGAGAAGUUUGAUGAUUAUGAAGAAAAACCGGAGAAAUCCAAAAAUAGAAAGUCUGUAAAACGGAAAUCAGUAAAAACUGAAAAAGAUCCAAAUGCUCCCAAAAGACCUUCCAACCCCUUUUUCCAAUUUUGUCAAGAGCAGAGGCCAAUUCUGAUGGAGGAAUUGAACUCGAACCUGAAACCUGGCGAAGCUGAACCAUCAAAACAAGAAUUAACCAGACAAUUGGCACUUAGGUGGAAAACUUUAUCUGUAAACGAUAAGAGGGUGUAUGUUGAUAUGUAUGAAAAAUCAAAAGAAAAAUAUGCUGCUGAAAUGACUGAAUAUAGAAUGAAAAAUUAAUGGAAGUAGUCAAAUUUAAAAAAUGAGCAGAAAUAAUUCUGAAAAGUACAUCAACAAAUCAGAACAAAAUGACUGACCCCCUUUUUCAAAAAGGAAGAUAAGAGUUCAUCGUUUUAUUGAUGAUAAAUGAUAGUAGACAAUACAUUCUCCUAUUGUUUGCAGUGAAUAUUUCAAUAUAAUUAUUGACAUGAGCUUAUCUUCUAGAAACAGACAAGAUCUGUUAUCUGAAUUCUAUUAUACCUUAGUCAAUGUUGCUAUUGACGAUUUAUCUAAUUGAAGGUUCAAUUGUUUUGGAGACCCAUUUAAUGAGUCCAUUUUUAAUCUUUUACAUUUUUACUAAUUACCAAUGAUUUUUAUUUAUAAGAAUUGUUUACGAACAGCUGUAUAUAAAUACUUCUUUUAGGUUCAUAGGUCAGUGCAUUAGAUGAUCAUUCAUUACAUCACCAUCUGUGUCGUACACUAUGAUAAUGUUUAAUUGUGAAUAAACAGGGAUUACAACAUGA